ACUGACACCCCGCAACGAGCUGUCGUGACCCAUCUGCUCCGUCUCCGUCACCUUGCGGGACGGCCAUCGCCUUGAGCCGCCGGCUUAAUUAGCAGCUGUAAAAAAAAAGAUCGAAAAAUCUCUCGUGUCUUGGCUGGUGGCGGGUGCUUGUACCAUGGGUACUGGGAAACAACACGGCUUAGACAGCGCGGCGGAGACACAUGGGCGCCCGGACAUGGCAAACUCGCAGUUGCAUGUCGCUGUGCCUGGCAGAUGGCUCCCGGGAGACGGGAAAUGCUAGCAACAACACCAUGUCACCGAGACAAGAGAUCGGUUCCAGGGCGUGAAAUGGUCACAGGGCGUGAGAUCGCCAUGCUGACAGGAAAUUUGAUGAUUGAAGCCCUGCUGCAGCGAGGCUUGAGGAGGGGUUGCCAUGCAGCCAUGUGGCGAGCUUAUGCCUUUGGCGCCUGUUCUGGUCGAGGCCGCUUCCAACACGGGCCUGUAGAAAUGGGCAUGGCUGGAGCUGGGCCACUGAUUUGCACCAAAUCUGGGGGAAGAGAUGCAGUACAGGGAAGUCGAGCAGGGUGCAGAGAGCAAACUAGCAGGCUGAAUGCGAGCUUGCGUCCAAGGACGAAGUGGACGCCGCCGGCGCAAGGAAGCGGCGUCGCGAGGAAGCGGCGUCGCGUCAACAAAAAGUUGGUGGUUUUCACGUCGGGUGACCAGAGGCGAUAGAUCCAUCUCCGUCGACGACGCCGCUAUCAGAGGCCGGGUAGCAAAUGGGCAGGGCCAAGGCUGGCGCGUUGGUAACUUGGAUGAGAAAUGGAAUCGGGGUAAAAUUUUCUGACUGGAGAGCUGCGCGGAGCGGCCUCGAAACUUUUACCUAAUUCCCACGCUACUCGGCAUUUGACUCCAUGUUCAUCGUGGGUGUGGUCGUGGA